AUGGAUUAUCUUACACCUUCCACUUUGCCUCAACCAAAGUUAAAGAGAACCAACACUGGUUUCACCCCAAACCAAAUUAUCGCUUUGGAUGCUACUAUCCCAGAAUCUGCUAAACAUAUCUGGUACAAAUACUCUCAAUUGAAGAUUUUAGAUUCAAACAAGAGAAAUGGCCACGGUGACGUUGAUGAUGAGCACAAUAUUAAAUCCCUUGUUAAGAACCCAGCUAGAUUUGAAGAAGAAUUUGUCAAGCAUGUUGAAACUUCCCUCGGUAGAUCCAUGUACAAUUGUGACAAUUUGGCCGCUUAUCAAGCUGCUUCAAACACCAUUAGAGACGCUUUGUUGAUUGAUUGGGCCAAUACCCAACAAAGACAAACCAUUCAAGAUGGUAAGCGUGUCUACUAUCUUUCCUUGGAAUUCUUGAUGGGUAGAGCUAUGGACAAUGCUUUGAUCAACUUGAAGGCUGAAAAGAACACCCAAAAAUCUUUAUCUGAUUUGGGUUUCAACUUGGAAGAUGUCUUGGACCAAGAACCAGAUGCUGCUUUAGGUAAUGGUGGUUUGGGUAGAUUGGCUGCUUGUUUUGUUGAUUCCUUAUCUUCAAAGAACUAUAGUGGUUGGGGUUAUGGUUUGAACUACCAAUAUGGUAUUUUCAAACAAAAGAUCAUUGAUGGUUACCAAAUUGAAACUCCAGAUUAUUGGUUGAACUACUCCAAUCCAUGGGUCUUGGACAGAAAGGAAAUUCAAAUUCCAGUUGAUUUCUAUGGUUAUGUUUAUGAAGAACACGACCCAAACACUGGUAAAGUCAAGAAGAACUGGAAUGGUGGUGAAAGAGUUUUGGCCGUUGCUGCUGAUUUCCCAAUUCCAGGUUACAACACUGAAAACACCAACAACUUGAGAUUGUGGAAUGCCAAACCAACCACUGAGUUUGAUUUCAGUAAAUUCAAUGCCGGUGAUUACCAACAAUCUGUUGCUGCUCAACAAAGAGCCGAGUCCAUCACUUCUGUCUUGUAUCCAAACGAUAACUUUGAAAGAGGUAAGGAAUUGAGAUUGAAACAACAAUAUUUCUGGGUUGCUGCUUCUUUACAUGAUAUUGUUAGAAGAUUCAAAAAGAACCACAAGACCAACUGGAAGAAAUUCCCAGACCAAGUUGCCAUCCAAUUGAACGAUACCCAUCCAACUUUGGCUGUUGUUGAAUUGCAAAGAAUUCUUGUUGAUUUGGAAGGUUUGGAAUGGGAUGAAGCCUGGAGCAUUGUCACCAAGGUUUUCGCUUACACCAACCAUACUGUUAUGGCUGAAGCUUUAGAAAAAUGGCCAGUUGAUUUGGUUGGUAGAUUGUUGCCAAGACACUUGGAGAUUAUUUACGAUAUCAACUACUUUUUCUUGAAGAAUGUUGAAAAAUUGUAUCCAAACGACCGUGACUUGUUGGCCAGAGUUUCCAUUAUUGAUGAAAAUCCAAAAUCUGUUAGAAUGGCCUACUUGGCUAUUGUUGGUUCUCACAAGGUCAAUGGUGUUGCUGAAUUGCAUUCUGAAUUGAUUAAAACCACUAUUUUCAGGGAUUUCGUCAAAGUUUUCGGAGAAGAUAAAUUCACCAACGUCACCAAUGGUAUUACUCCAAGACGUUGGUUGAGACAAGCCAAUCCAAAAUUGGCUGCUUUAAUUGCUGAAAAAUUGGAUGAUCCAAACUACGAUUACUUGACCAAUUUGGGUAAAUUGAAGAAAUUGGAAGCAUUUGUUGAUGAUCCAGAAUUUUUGAAGAGAUGGGAUGCCAUUAAAUUUGACAACAAGCGUCGUUUGGCUGCUUUAGUUAAAGAAGAAACUGGUGUUGACAUUGAUCCAACUGUUUUGUUUGAUGUCCAAGUUAAGAGAAUCCAUGAAUAUAAGAGACAACAAUUGAACAUUUUUGCUGUCAUCUACAGAUACUUGCACAUUAAACAAUUGUUGAAACAAGGUGUUUCUCUCGACGAAAUCAAGGCCAAAUAUUACAUUCCAAAGGCUUCUAUCUUUGGUGGUAAAGCUGCUCCAGGUUACUACAUGGCCAAGACUAUUAUCCACUUGAUUAAUAAAGUUGGUGAUGUUGUUAACAAUGAUCCAGAAAUUGGUAACUUGCUUAAAGUUGUUUUUAUUCCAGAUUACAAUGUUUCCAAGGCUGAAAUCAUUUGUCCAGGUAGUGAUUUGUCCAACCAUAUUUCUACUGCUGGUACCGAAGCUUCUGGUACUUCCAACAUGAAAUUUGCCUUGAAUGGUGGUUUGAUUAUUGGUACUGUUGACGGUGCUAAUGUUGAAAUUACCAGAGAAAUUGGUGAAGAAAACAUUUUCUUGUUUGGUAACUUGGCUGAAUCUGUUGAAGAAAUCAGACACAAACAUAUCUACGAUGGUGUCAAAGUUCCAGAACAAUUGCAAGAAGUUUUCCAUGCUAUUGAAUCUGGUAUGUUUGGUUCACCAGAUGAAUUCAAAGCUUUGAUUGAAAGUAUUAGAGAUCACGGAGAUUACUAUUUGGUUACUGAUGAUUUCGAGUUAUUCUUGGAAGCUCACAAGAAGUUGGAAAAUGUUUUCGGCCAUCAUGGUGGAGAUGACAAAGAUACUACUCAUAUGAACAACUGGGUUAAGAAAUCUGUUUUAAGUGUUGCUAAUAUGGGAUUCUUCUCAAGUGAUAGAUGUAUUGAUGAAUAUGCUGAAAACAUUUGGAAUGUUGAACCAUCCAAUGUUUAA